AUGCUGUCGAGACGAUUCCUCCUCGCCGCCCGGUCGGCCGCUCUGUGUCGGCCACAGCCGUCGCUGCGCCAUGCGCAGCUGCCGCUGAUAUUCCAGCAUGUGCGCACUUACGCGGAUCUGGUAGUCAAGGUGCCCGUGAUGGCCGAGUCCAUCUCAGAGGGCACGCUCAAGCAGUUCUCCAAGCAGAUUGGCGAGCGCGUCGAGCAGGAUGAGGAGAUUGCAACCAUUGAGACCGACAAGAUCGAUGUGGCCGUCAACGCAACGGAAGCCGGCGUGGUGCGCGAGUUCUUCGCCAACGAGGAGGACACUGUCGUUGUUGGCCAGGAUCUCGUUCGCAUAGAGGUCGGCGCCGAGGGCGAGGCCGCGGCUGAGAAGCCUGCGGCGUCCGAAGCACCCAAGGAGGAGGCGGCAAAUUCUACUGCCACCGAGUCCGAGUCAAAACCGGAAGCCCCCAAACCUGCUGAACCGUCAAAACCUGCGCCUGCCCCGGAGAAGAAGAGCUCACCCGCGCCACCAAAACAGUCCAGCUCCGAGCCCGCCUCUCCUUCGCCGCUUGGCAACCGUGAGGAACGCAGAGUCAAGAUGAACCGUAUGCGUCUUCGAAUCGCCGAGCGUCUCAAGCAGUCGCAGAACACUGCCGCCUCCCUAACCACCUUCAACGAGGUCGACAUGUCCUCGCUCGUCGAGUUCCGCAAGCUGUACAAGGAUGAGGUGCUCAAGAAGACGGGAGUCAAGCUGGGCUUCAUGAGCGCCUUCACGCGCGCCUGUGUGCUGGCCAUGAAGGACCUGCCUGCCGUCAACGCGUCCAUUGAGGGCCCCAACGGCGGCGACACCAUUGUCUACCGUGACUACGUUGACGUCAGCGUGGCCGUGGCGACGGAGAAGGGUCUCGUAACUCCUGUCGUUCGCAACGCCGAGGACAUGGAUUUGGUCACCAUUGAGAAGUCGAUUGCUGACCUGGGCCACAAGGCUCGCGACGGCAAGUUGACCAUUGAGGACAUGGCUGGUGGUACCUUCACGAUCAGCAACGGCGGUGUGUUCGGUUCGAUGAUGGGCACACCCAUCAUCAACCUGCCGCAGUCCGCCGUGCUGGGCCUCCACGCCAUCAAGGAGCGCCCCGUGGCCGUCAACGGCAAGAUCGAGAUCCGCCCCAUGAUGUACCUGGCUUUGACCUACGACCACCGUCUGCUGGACGGACGCGAGGCUGUGCAGUUCCUCGUGAAGGUGAAGGAGUACAUUGAGGACCCGAGACGCAUGCUGCUGUAA